UUAAUCUGACUCAUGCCUGCUGUGUGACGACACGACGACACUAUCACACCCUUAUCACUGUGUGUCAGAGACGUAACCGACACUAAUUACCCGCCAUAAACACAGAUAAUGUGGAAGUUACUGUAGGCUGCAGUGUAACGUACUGUAACGUAACCUUCACGCUCACCUGCAGCCCUGCAGCCCCGGAGCGGAGCAGAGCGGAUCAUCCCCCCGGGGACGGACAGACAGACUGAGUCAAGAUGUGGAGCUGCAGCCUGUGGGCUCUGCUGCCUCCACUUUACUCCGCCUUCACUGCUGCUGGACUCUGGGUGGUAUACUUUGUGGCUCUCAGUGAAGGGAGGAUUGUUCCCCUGGGUGCUAAAUACAAGAGAGGAAAUGGAUCCCAGUAUCCCCCCUUCAUCAGCAUCGCGGGGAACUUCCCACCAGCCAGCUGCAUCUUCAGCGAGGUCAUGAACUUGUCUGCGUUCGUAGGGUUCAUUCUGGCCGUCCUCAGAUACCUCCAGGUGAAAAACAAGAUGGGCAAACAGUGGCUGAACGUCGGCUGUCUGGUGGCGUUCUGUGUCGCCUGCUUUGGGAUGACUCUUGUAGGAAACUUCCAGGUGUUCACCAAGGAGAUGAUCCAUAACUUUGGCACGUUCAUGACCUUUGGACUGGGAGCUGCGUUCUGCUGGGUGCAGUCUUACAUCACUCUGAGAGUUAAUCUACACAAUGAGGGGAAGAAGGUUGCUGUCGUCCGCUUCCUGUUGUCUGGGUUCAUCACCGUCUGCGUGGUACUCUACUUCUCCCUGUUGGGUCUGCGCCUCUACAUGCCGGCAGCUCAGAGCCAGUGGGCGCUGGUCAUGCUCUUCCUCGCCUUCCUCGGCACCUUCGCCAUCGAGUUUCGUCACAGCCACUUUGAAAUCACGUGCACAGACGGCUCCAGGCGUCCGGUGAGCCAGUUAGACACUCUCUGAAGCAUCCCGGUACCAGCCGGACCAGCUGUAGGGACGUUAGACUGUCUAAUGUUUAAACACCCUCAGGUUGAACUGCUGCAAAUUUAAGAUGCAUUUACUCCAUCACCACUCGUUUACUCUGCUGUUAUCAUCAGGUACACAUGUUGCCAGCUUCCUGUGUCCAUGUUUUAUUGUUACAAGCAUUCAGAAGCACAUAUCUUCAUCGAUCAGUUAUCUUUGUAUGCAAGGAUGUUUUAUUAGUGAAUUCAUUUAAACACUUUCAACACUGCUUUUUUUUAGCACUGCAAACUUUUAGAUUAUUUUUUAUAACCUCUAGAAUGUUUUACUUUUUUGGAGGAUUAUGUGAGAUCAGUAUCAGUAAAAAUAAAUUUAAAAAAUUGCCUUUUUAUUCCUCUGAUGGGUGAAAACUAUCUAGAGUGAUUUUAUGGUGGAUUAUUCAGAGUAACUUGAACGCUGAUUUUGGAGUGAUGAAGCUGAAUCCAGCUGUUGCUGAGCGUAAAGACUUGAAAGCGGGGAACAGUUAGUCCUGCUUCUGGGGGUCAUUAAACUGUGCAGUUAAUACUGUAUUAUUUAAGGAACAGUGUGUGAGAUUUAGGGGGAUUAAGUGGCGUCUAGUGGUGAGUAUUGCAGAUUGGGUCUCUUCCUCUGGGGAAAGGGAUUUAAACCGGUAAAAACUCUCAAUAAAACAGUUCCAUGUCAAGAAAAUAUGUUUUUCCUACACUGCUCGUCGCAGAUCGGCUGCUAACUACGCUCGUGAAAACACAAAUGUCCUAUCUAGAGCCAGGCAGUGCUUCUCAAAGUCAAAGAUGCUUCCUUUGUAGGACAGGUCCUUCCAGGUCAGGUCCUACAGAGGCUGGGCAUUACUCCUCACAUUGGAACAGGCUAGCAAAGGCCCAGGUGUGUGUCACUGAGGAGGCCUGGCCUUCAAUUCUGGCAAAUCACGAGCAAAGAAUUGUGGGUACUUCAUGCCUGCUGAGGAUACACACAUGCACCCUUGAAGAUUCUCUGAAGGAAGGACUCUGCCCUCGAUAGAAUUCAAAGGAUCCUUGACAUUGACGGGAUUCAAUGACGUAGCCUCUUUGAACUUCGGUCGAUCCUUCCUUUUCUUUGAGAAGCACCAAGUGUUUGGUUUGUCCGUUCUGGGCUACUGUAGAAACAUGGCGGUGCAACAUGGUGAUCUCCAUAGACAAAGGUCUGCUCCCUGUGUAGAUGUAACUGGAUCAUUCUAAGGUAACAAAAACACAAUGACUCUUAUUUUCAGGUGAUUAUAAACUAAAGAAAACGUACUUUUUGUUUUCCAUGUCUGCAUAUAGAUCCCUCUAAAUCCUGCACACUGGACCUUUAAUGCUGAGUGCAGUGCUUUUAGAUGUCCGUCAUGUUUAGGCUUUAACAGAUUCAGUGUUUCUCUGACAGCAUCAAGUAGUCAUUGUACUUUUAUCUCGACCUUUGUGUAACAGAAAGCCUUUAUUUACAGUGGAAAUUCUUUAAAGAAACUUCUAAAUUUUAAGGUCUCUACACACCAGGGUAGUGACGAAUAAGUUACACAAAAAAAGAACGCUUGCUUGCAUCACAUCUAUUCACAACGGCAGCAAUGCUGAUGACAGUUGCAAUGUGUGACAGCUGCAGCAGGGGCACCAUUGUUGUGAAAUUGUGACGUGGUUUCCUUUUUGCACACUGUGUUAAGUUGAUGCCUUUAUUUGCAGCGCGAAAGCUCAGAGAAACCGACCUUGUUUGGAAGAAAAAUGACAGCUCUUUUUGUUGCAUGAUAUUUUCCCAUCUGUGUGAGAACACUCGUCCAAAAAUAGUUUGACAAAAAUAUACUGACAUGCAAAUUUAUUGCACAAAAAAGCACCCCUGGCGUGUGAAGGCCUUUAAAGGGAAGAGUUAGACAAGUUGGGAAAUACAGAAUUUAAUAAAGAGUGGACGGAUUUGUUUGCUUUUACCGCCAGCGCUGCAAAGCUAAAGUACCAAAUAAUCAUAAAUAGCCCACUGCAGAGGAGCCAUCUUGUGGUAAAACACACUUUUGAACGCUCAUUUAGACCUAUUUUUAAUGUCGAUAGGCUAAUUUAGACUCAAUACGCAGUGUUGCCAUGAGGCUCAAAUGUGUUUUGCGUCUCCAGAUGGAUUUCGUAAAGGUUGCUGACCCCUGAUCUAACUCUUGGCAAGACAGCAAAUACGGCUCUCCCAAAAUGUCAAAGUUUUCCUUUAAAGGUUUGACACAUAAACCCUACACUAGUAUCUGU